GAAGAAUGUUGCCUUGCGCUAGCUAGUUGAAUUAUCCAUCCAAGAAUUUAGAAAGCCCAUAUUAUUCAAAUUCGUGUGGCGCUCUUCUGAGUUACGGGCCAAGGUGACGGAGGAAAGAGCACCUUGUUUUCGUGCAUGUUCAUGCAUUGCUGGGGUUGCUGCGCUGAAGCAGACUCUGCGCAGCAUGGAUUGUCACCAAUUUUGGGAUUGAGCAGUGGUUGCUACUUUAUUUGCAAUGCCUAGCCGUGCGCUUUGGAUCGUGACAGACACUCGCGCCAUGGCCCUGGGCAUGUAGCAAUGAUGGUCCAAGAAGGAAGACUGAGCCAACGUGCAUUGUGACUGUUGGUGCUUCUUGCCUUUGGAUCUAGCCCAUGCGGGUAUCCUUGAGAAAGCCUCAUAUAGCGGGAAUCACGGUGUUGAAGCCAAUUGAGCACCAAGGAAACCGGUGGCCAAAGCGACAAGCCAGGAUGUUCGCCGCCACUCAGGAGAUUUUUAGGGCACAGCAGUACCUCAGGAAGUGGGUUGGAAAGGCUGCCCCGCAAGCUGGGAGUAAUGAUUCUCCUAGCAGCCGAGGCGCCCUCGGCAGUCCCAAGAAAGAGGGCACUACAAGCCCCACAAGCGCAGAAGCGCAGAGCCGAUGGGAUAACGAUCAAGAGGAAGAGAGCCCCCGCACACUCCUGCGGCGCAAGGUCAUCCGCGGGGAGCUCCGCGAGCUGCGCAGCGAGUUCACCGACACGUUGGACCUCUCCAUCCACGUGGCCACGUGGAAUGUCAACGGUCGCCGCCCGCCAGACGGCCUCGAGCUGGACGAAUUGCUGGACGUCGAGAACCCUGCAGACAUCUACGUUGUCGGGUUCCAGGAGAUCGUCCCGCUGAACGCAAACAGCGUCCUCAUUGGCGACAUGGGCGAGGCCGCCGCUCGCUGGGAAGCCUUGAUCCACGAAACGCUGGUCGCCUAUCCGGCCGACAAAGAGAGUGGCGGCAUGGAAGCACAGAAGAACGCGGACGAAAAGCUACGGGGGCAGGAGCCUGGAGGAGAUCUUCCUGAGGGGGGCCCGGACUCUGAGGCUGCGGAUGACGCGCAAAGGGGUGAUGAUGAGAGAGGAGUAGAGAACGAGGAAAAGAAAGGGGGUGGCGCGAAAGCUGGCGCGGAGAUCAGCCGGGGGGAGGACGGGCGUGGGAAUGAUGCAGCUGAGCGAAGCAGCGGGGGUUUGCCGAAUGGAGGGUCAGAGACGGGGGGAACGGAAAGUGCCGUGGGAACUGGACCGGAAGCCGACGGAACGAGCGUCGACUCGACGGAUCUGAUCGAGACUCUGGAGGCGGACUGGCAUGCGGAUGCUAGCGCCAAGGAGAAGCUAGAUCGGGUGGAGGGUGAGCGGGAUCUCCGGGCGGCGAACGGAGCGACGCGGCGGUACGUGCAGGUGGCGUCGAAGCAAAUGGUCGGCGUACACGUGUGCGUGUGGGUGCGGAAGGAGAUACGCAAGCACGUGCGGUCGGUGCAGACGUCAGCAGUGGGCGUCGGGUUGCUUGGCGUGUUGGGGAACAAGGGCUCCGUUUCCGUCUCGCUUUUGCUGCACGAGAGCACGCUGUGUUUCGUCUGCUCGCACCUGACUUCAGGGGACGCGGAGGGGGACGAGUCGCGGCGGUCGGGUGACGUCAGCGAGAUCACGCGGCGGACGUACUUCACGCGGAGCCUCGCGGAGCAGCAGCAGAACCUGCCGGCGACGAUCGGGGAGCACGACCAGCGAAUCUGGUUAGGGGACCUUAACUACCGGAUCGCCCUGCCGGACGAGGAGGUUAGGGAGGCGGUUAAGAAGCAGGAUUGGGAAACGUUGGUGGAGUCCGAUCAGUUGCGGCUCGAGCAGAAUGCGAAGCAAGUGUUUGUGGAUUGGCAGGAGGGGAAGAUCGACUUUGCGCCGACGUAUAAGUAUUGCCCCGGGACGGAUAGGUAUGUGGGCACGGAUCCAAUAGCGGAAGGGGAGAAACGUAGGACGCCGGCCUGGUGCGACAGAGUUCUAUGGAAGGGAGACUAUUUGACGCAGCUCAAGUAUGGGCGAGCCGAGCUGAGGACUGGGGACCACCGGCCUGUCAAGGCGCGCUUCGCGACCAAAGCUGACGUCAUCGUCCCUGAGAAGCUGGAGGCGCUCCUGGCCAAGCUACGGGCCAAGGCGGACGCGGACGAGAUGAACAGCCGGCCCGUGUGCAGCCUCUCCCCGCAGAUUGUACACUUAGGCGACAUCCGAUACGGCGUCCCCACCCCCCCACAGCCCCUCCAAAUCCACAACAACGGUGCCGUGCGAGCCGAAUUCGCUUUCGUCGACGUGGGGGGUAGCGGGCCGCCCUGCCCGCCCUGGCUGACGGUCACCCCCCUGAAAGGAGAAGUUGCGGCCGGGGAGGUUCUAGAGGUUUCCGUGUCCGCACGAGUCGACUCUGCAAGUGUUGACGUCGAGGCAGUGAUCGAACGGGAAAACGCGUUGGAGGGUAUUCUGGUGUUGCGCGUGCAUGGCGGGGGGGAUCACUUCGUUUCGGUGACGGGAAAUUAUUUGCCGUCGAGCUGGGGGUUACGGUUAACCAAGCUGGCGGCGUUCUCAGAACCGGUUCGGGGUCUGACCCGUGUGGAUCUGGGCAGGGUUGGCGAUAAUGACGGCGAGGUUAAGAACGCGGUUACGGGGCAGGUUAGCAAGGAGGUAGCGAUGGGGCAGACUGUGCCCAAGGAGGUGAUCCGGUUGUUAGACCAUUUAAUGCAGCCGGAACAAGCGGGCGGUGCGGAUUCAAUGGCGACCAAAGACGGGGAUGCCGCAAAGGGGAGGUCGCCGGAAAACGGAGAAGAAGCAGAAGAUCCCGAGGCGGCUCAGGCAGCGGUCAGAGAGAGCCUCGAUACAGGUGCCGACUUUCCCCCGGGCACCAGCGGCCGCACCGCCUUGGCCGCGCUCUUCUCCUUCCUGGCGGCCCUGCCCGAGCCGCUCCUCUCGAAGAGCAUCCUGACGGCGAUCGAGGCCGACUUUGCGACCGCAAAGCGCGAAGCGGUGGUCCUCGUCGAACAGGGGCUUGUGCCGUCCCAUUAUGGCAUGUACGAGCUGCUGAUGACGUCGUUCGCGGAGCUGCUGAACCGGGGGGCCGAAAAGGGACUGUCGAGCCAAGCGCUGGCUUCGGAGCUUGCUGACGUCAUCUUUGGAAGAAGCGGAGUCAAGGAGGACAAACGGAGGAAGCAGAGAGUCCAAUUCGUUAAGCAACUGCUGGACGACAGGACCAACUUGUGACGAAACUGUUGACAUAGAGUCACUAAACCGAAUCCUUUAGCCAGUCCGAGUUGGUCAGGAGAACUUGACAAGUUGGACAAUAUGAGGUACUUUUUGACUGUUGACUUGUAACACGAUGAGACAGACUAUCACGUCAGCUCCGCACCAGUUUUGCUCUCACAAACGGGCCUCACACACUCUAAAUGCAACUCCGGGCCUGCGUACGGUUCUCCUUGGAGGCCACGUGAGGUGAAGGUCAGAAAGCGG